AUGUCUGGCUGCUGCUGUUCUAGGAAAUGCCCCUCCCUUCCCAGCCGUCUCCUCUCUGGCUCUACUGAAGUGAAGCUGUGGAGGCCCAUCUGCCUUACCACAGCUACCUGCCGGAGCCAGACGUGGCAGCUCGUGACUUGCUGAGGACAGCUGUGGGGUCAUCUGGCUGUGUGCUCACAAAUGCCUGGCACGCCUUCGUGUUCUGUAAGCAGUUGCUGCCAGCCGGUGUGCUGCGAGGCCACCGUCUGCGAACCUUCUUGCUCUGCGGGCAGUUGUGCUCAACCUGUGUGCUGCGAGGCCACUGUUUGUGAGCCUUCUUGCUCUGCCGGCAGUUGCUGUCAACCAGUGUGCUGCGAGGCCACUAUCUGUGAGCCUUCCUGCUCUAUGAGCGCCUGUGCUCAACCUGUGUGCUGCGAGGUCACCAUGUGCCAGCCUUCUUGCUCCAUGAGCAGCUGCCAGCCUGUGUGUUGUGAGGCUACACCCUGCCAGCCAGUUCUCUGCUUGCCCGCAUCCUGCCAGCCAGUGAUCUGUGAGCCUAGCUGUUGCUCAGCUCUCUGUACUGUGCCUGCUUCCUGUCAACCGAUGGUCUGUGAGCCUGUGGUUUGUGAGCCUGUGGUUUGUGAACCUGCUUGCUGCCAGCCGGUGUGCCCGACGCCCAGCUGCUGUCCGUCUGUCUGCUCUGCAGCCAGUAGCUGCCAGCCAGUCUGCUGUGACUCCAGUCCCUGUGAGCCACCUUGCUCAGAAUCUAGUGCUUGUCAGCCAGCCACCUGUAUGGCUCUAAUGUGUGAGCCUGUUUGUCUCCGUCCUGUCUGCUGUGUUCAGAGCCCUUGUGAACCACCAUGUGGCUCUAGCAGCUGCCAAGACUCCUCAUGUGGUGUCUCCAGUAUUUGCCAACCUGUCUGCCCUGAGUCCAGUCCUUGCCUGCCAUCGGUGUGUGUGCCUAACUCAUGUCAACCUUCCUGCUAUAUAGUCAAACGCUGCCGUUCUGUCAGCUGUGAGCCUGCUUCCUGCCCAUCUACCUCCUGCCAACCUCUCUGCUGCCGUCCAGGGUCCUCUGCAUCUGCCAUCUGCCAACCAGCUUGCCCUCCGCGAACUUACUACAUACCCAGUUCCUGCAAGCCACCUUGCAGUCCAAUUUCCUGUCGCCCCAUCUGCCGCCCCAUCUGUUCUGGACCCAUCACCUUCAGGCAUUCUUUAGGGCCAGCAUCCAUGAAAACAGGCUGCAUGGUCAGUCAGAGGAGUCUCCUUUUUGCCACCAGAGAAGAUUCGGGAGAGGAGCCAGAGCAGAUUCUUUGGCCAGCUUCUCCUUCCUCUUCCCAACCUGGUUAA